AUCCAUCACAACGCGGUCGGCUCACCCACCGCUGGCCGUCUCUACAGUCAUGCAUCCCCGGUGCCAAUUGCUCUCAGGGCGCCUCGCCUCGUCUGGAGCAGUCCUCCGCAACCCGCAGUCCACGCAGCGGACCUUCUCCACCUCGUCUCCCCUCCACAAAAACCCUCUACAGCGGAAACACGGCGGCGAUCUCGGCUCCCAUCUCCCCAAACACGUCAUCCCCCAAGAUGCACUCAUCCCCGAAUACCCAUAUGGCGACUAUCAGUUAUUCAAGCAGUCGAACAAGGGUCUCUACGGCGAGCAGAUGAUCCAAUACGGCAACAACGUGUCCCACAAGACGGAGACGAAGACGCGACGGAAAUGGAAGCCCAACGUUCUCUCCAAAAGCUUGUUCUCUGUGGCACUUAAGAAGAGAGUAAAGCUGCGCAUCACCUCGAACGUGCUCAAGACAAUCGAUCGCGAGGGUGGCCUGGACGAAUACUUGCUCAAGAGCACCGAAUCUCGCAUCAAAGAGCUGGGACCCACUGGGUGGGCGCUACGAUGGACGCUGAUGCAAAAGCCCGACGUAAUUGCACGGUUGAGGGCUGAAGCUGCUGAACUGGGGAUUGAUCAAGCUAUCAUCGACAAGCAAUGGCCUACCCAUCAAAUGAUGGCUAGAGAAAAGUCUGCACAAUACGUUCUUACGAGGGAUUCUGAACAAGCCAUUCUCGCGAGGGAGUCUGAACAGGCCACUCUCACAGGGGAGUCACGAUUCGUUGUUGAUGAGGAGGAUUAUAUGGGAGAAGCAGAAGAGGAAGAACCAUGGGAUGCGGUGGAACCAGCAACCUCUCAGAGCCCUGCCCCAACCCAGUCCAAGGCACUUAGACAGCAGGAACGAAAAGUCACCACCGAAGCCGUUAGCGAGUACAUCAAGGCCGUCAAAGCUGCUGAACGCUAUUUGAAGCGAGGAUUGGUGGACAGCGAGGAAGAAGGACUAAAGCUAGCAUUUGUGCGUGCGAAGGAGCGAGAGGAAGCCAGCACGCAGCUAAAGCAGAAGUUCGACGAGAAGGUUGGGCAGCAGUUCAGCUCUAAAGACCUCCAAAAAGUCAGGACACAAUUCAAACUACCCAUCAUCAACGAUCACGAAGCAAGGAAGAUCGCCUACAACCAAUGGAGACGUCAGCAGAUUGAACAGACUGGCAGCUACGAAGCGUGGAAGCAGUCACAGAACGCUGAAAAGACUGCUGCACGGGACGAGAUGCUUAGAGAAGCCGGAGGACCCGAAGCAUGGCAAGAAAACAGGAGGGCUAUGUACGCGAAACUUAUCAAAGAUGCUGAGAGAGCGCCUUCGAACCAGACGCUGGACGCAGAGACACGGCAGUACCUCCGGAAUGCGAUCAAGAAGGCGGAUAGAGCGAUCAGGGCCAGGACAUCGGGUGGCCAGCAGGUGUAUGCUGAGUUGACGUUGGAGGAGACCCGCCAUGGCCGCCAGUCUCGCUCUGCAUCUUCAGGUGGUCUGGAUGAGCUGAUGAAGGCGUCAAAACGGGAGAAGAAUACUGGUGGAGAUGCUUGGGCCGCGUUGGUUAGCUCGAGCAAUAAGUCUACCGAGAGUCGGCUGAGGACAUGAGGGCAUUGAACAUAACGACGUAGUGAUCUGUAUCAACACUGUGUAUACCUCUUGCAUGCGUACAGCAUUGUAUGGACC